AGUUUAGCGGAAUAUCCUCCCCGAUGCUCGCUGCCAUCAUCCUCUCCUUGGUAUUGGAUUUUUCGUCUCCGGUGUAUGCUGAUCUUCAGCACACUGUGAGAGCCUUCAUCACGCAACCAAGUAGAAUGAGUCUGAAUAACUACACGAGUAUGCUCGAGGCCGGUGCCAACACGCUCAUACUGGGGAUCAGUGUUGCCACGGCUAAUGGGGAAGUCGUUCUCGUUGAUGGCAUCAAUGCGACGAUCAUGUCGGAUAUCCAUACGCUCGCCAAGCAGUAUGAUGCUGAAGUUUUACUGGGCGUCAGCCCAAUUUUCAAGGAGGGAGAAGAUACCUCACAAUUCGAUAGGGGCUUCGCCGCAUCAGUGGAGAAGUACUUCGAGGAGUUUUAUUUGGAUGGUUUCGUAGUCGUACCCUUUUCCGACUCCACCUACGUCGAAGUUGUACGCUCUAUGGGAGACACUAUACGCUCGGGCAGGACGUGGAAGGAUGACAGAGGCACAGCCGUGCUGAUGUUCCAAAGCGUAGGGUACUGGUCUUUCAUUGAAGCAGUUGGGGUUCCGGCGUACUUCGACACCGCCAUCUGUAUUCUCGAGACUGAUCCGGCAGUGACCAAUACUAUCAAGUGGGCCGAAGAAAGCCUACACAAGUGGGACAACAUCACUUGUACCCCAGAAGAUCUGGAGUUCGGGGUCAUCCCAGAAGGACGCAAGAAGCCAAGUCUCGCUGCUAUAGCCUAUCGGGAGCUCAUCAAUAUGGGAGCUCCAUCAGAUGGCGUAGGCUUAUUCGAUGGUUACUAUUACGAUUCGCAGAGGCAGAUUCGCGAGGAAGCGAACCUUGUACUUUCUAUGAAUAUGCAGGGCAUUACGUUCUUCGCUAUUGAAUGUGACCUGCCUGCUAACGAUAACAGAUCACUUCUCAGCGCUGCUGUCGGCACCCUCCGCCCUCAGUAAGGCCUUUUUUUCUUACCGACUCCAUGUUCGAUACUGCACGUAAGAGCAGUCAUUAGUCAAACUAUGAUAGUUUGACGUGUUACUCACGUUUUCCCACACUGCAUCUG